AUGAAUAUGGAUGAUGCCGCCUUGGAUCUACAGCUCUCGCGAAUCAUUUCCGCCGUCGAACAGACCACGAUAUUCACUACCAUUGUACCCAAGCCAACUGCCCAAUCAGAGGGUACGACAACUGCAGAUUCACCUGUUGUUACAGUUACACAGGAAAGCAACUCAGACAAUGGCUCGCCUGGUCAGCCUGGAACCAAGAUCUUUGGAGCACUUGAGAUUAUCAUUGCUCUUGGUGUGCUAGCUGGCGUAUUGCUUCUCAUCAUGAGCAUCAUUCUAUGUGACCGACGACGAAAAUCUAAGCGAAAGCGAGCUGCCGAGAGAUCUCAGAACAGAAUGACCGACAAGAGUGCACCACUAGAAGGACAUCAACCACCAUCGGGAGCAGUGUUACCAGAGUCGAUAUGGCCUAGGAUGGCGGAUAAGAAUCAAGCUGUUCAUGAUUACUGGCAUAGCGAAACGUUACGGCAGAAGCAAGGAUGGAAUCAAGGACAACAAGCUGGCGUGCAACAGGGUCUACCUAGAUAUGGAUAG